AUUUGCGGUAUGCUCCACCAAUACCUCUGAUAUACUUUUUAUUAGUUUUGCCAUUGAAAACUCAAACCUCCCUCGGAACCCACCAUCAUCAUCACACACACACGUUUUCCACCUAGAAAAUAACUCAUACCAUGACGUCAUAGAACCUACCACAGCGUAUCAGCGACUCGAACCAACGAUGAUAAGAUAGCGCCUUUUACACAGCGUGCAAAACAACACACUUCCACUGUCUCUGAAAAGUGAAAGAAGUCGACAUUCUCCUCGUCAGUCGGCUUCAAUCGCUCUGCCGAAACACUGAACAUUGUGUGCCGACAGCAGAGAGUUUCCGCGUGUUCCAGUCACAACAUAUCACACUAACAAGAUGGGAUUAAAGCUUAAAUGGUUCCGGCGUCGAAUCACCUUUGAGGGAAUCCCAUCCGCGCCAGAGCGUAGUAUUAGAAGGAAAGAGCAAAAUUCAGGUAUCACCGUUAUCGGAGUCUACAGACAGAGUGUCAACUUUGAGGACUACAUUGAACCGUCUCCUAGAGCAUCCCACUGGGAGCCACCGAGCCAACCGAUUGCGACCACGACUAUCAGGAAACCGAACACGUCUACAACCUCGUCGACAAUUGCCAAUAAGUCAUCGUCAUCAUCGGCGAAGUACGGUGUGGGUGAUAAGAUAGCAUCGAGAGAACACAACAACGGACGAAUCGUCGAAACACCACCCGAGCCCAACUACUCCCCACCGAAGCCCCCGGGCCGGCAAGGUCUUUCCAAGACUAAAUCUACUCCAAACGUUUCGGUAUUGGACGGUGUGAGUACGAAACCGACGUCAUCGCGGACACUCGAGGUGACGCGGUCAGUGGAGGUGCUCAACGAAGUUACGGUUGACAAGCGUGAAGUUCCCGUCACACCGGCACCUCGAAAUGCAGGCAUCAAUUACAACGUGAAGGUUGAGAAUGAGAAAGAACAGGCUGUCGCAUCAAUUGAGAAAGUUGAAGGAGAAACGAGUGAGCAGUGGAAGCAGCAACAACCUGAAUUCUUUAAUGAAAUCUUGGAGAAGGUUAAUGUAUUAGCCAACACAACGAAACCAGUAAAGACUGACUAUGGUGAUGAAACAGAAUCGUUUGAUGAUAUUUUCGAAAAGGUCAAAGCAAAACCAAGACUGCUUGCGGAGAAGAAGGCAUCACCCAAACCUGAAACGAAAAUGAGUGAUUCUUUUAGGGAUUCUAGCAGUUCGAUUGAGGACAUAUUCGAGCCACGACCUCCGGAAUUAAUGUUUUUGAUUUCUAUGGAUGAACAAAUCAAGCAAACCAGCACACCUCAAGAGGAAAUCACCCUUAAACCAACAGAACCUCGGCCUAUCCAAUCAGAAGCAAUUCCUCGUGUUGAAUCCAGUUCGCAGAUAAACUAUACCGACACUGCUGCAGACCCAUUGAAAUCCAUUCUGAAGAAGCGCGCUCCUGCUCCACCCCAUUCUGUAGAGCUCACCGUUACUCCAAGCGAGAUUCCAACGCCUCCCCCACGAACAAUUCGAAAACAACCUACUCCCGACGAUGGCAAUGAUGACGACGACGACGACGGCGAUGAUUACCUCAACUGGAACAUGGUAGAGCGACAUCGUUCCAGCAUAACCCUCACCGUGGCCACGCAGAAAAUUGAUGCGGAAAUCAUGCGAAAUGUCCCUGUCAGUUUGCAGCAGACGGCCACGACACAGACGAAACCUUUCCUGAACACACGGGCCCUCCUCGACGAGGAACCCCUCAAGACUCUUCGUGGAAUGCGAAACAGACGACCAACAACAGACGGAGGCAUGUAUCUAGGUAUUCAAGGUCACAGCGCCCGAAACAGCCAAUCAAACGGCUCCGAAGCGUCCGCAUAGUCUGUGUUGUUAAUCUUAUCUACUCUAGAAAUAAAACUUCCAAAUUAUCGAUUAA